AUGGCCGAUUUGAUGCCCCCCGCCAGUGUCAUGGCGACAUGGCCAACUCCCAAUUAUGUCGACCCGGUCACGCGAGGCUCUGGUCUGCUGGUGGCCAACGCUCUGCUCUCGUCCGUUUCGUUUAUUGUGACCUCGCUGCGCCUGUACACAAGAGUGUGGAUUACUGCGACCCCGGGCUUGGACGAUGUCUUUGCCAUUUUGGCUUUUCUGGCCGCCGUCGCCAUGAGCACCGUGUCUUCCCUGGCCGAUGCCCGAUAUGGCUGGGACCGACAUAUCUGGGAUGUUCCGCUGACAUGGAUGCCCAGCUCGCUCAAGUGCCGCAUGCUGUUCCAAAUCACCUUUUCGCUGGCGUCCACCCUGACCAAGAUCUCGCUGUUGUGGUUCUGUCGUCGAAUCUUGGGCAAUGGCAUUAGCGGGCCCUUUCGAGGCCUGAACUACAGCUUGAUCGCGUCAAUGCUGUUUUUGGGGACAUUGUCGCUGGCUUUUAUCUUUGUCACCUUUUUGAAUUGCAUCCCUAUUAAAGCGUCAUUCGACUUGGCUCCAGAUUACCCACACCACUGUCUGGAUGGCAACAAACUGGUCUUUGCGGCGAGCAUGAUUAAUUUGUUUACGGAUCUUUUGACUACUGUUGUGCCAAUGCCAUUGAUAUGGAGACUCAAACUUCCCCGUCGACAACGGCUUGUGGUGAUUGCCAUUUUCGGACUGGGCAUCACGGUUGAUAUUGUCGGCUCGGUUCGGACGUACUAUGUCUGGCAAGACGCAGUCGGCACCUGGGACUCGACAUGGUACGCAUGGCUGGUUGGCAUGACUGGGGCUGUGGAGAUUCACGUUGGGAUUUUAUGUGCAUCCGUCCCCGCUCUCCGCCCUCUUCUCAAGACCAUCUGGCCCCGUUUCCUCUCAACAGGCAAAGGCACAUCAUACGGCCAAAGCGGGCCCUCACGAAAAACCUGGAUCUCCGGAUCGCGAUCACAGCAUUCACACGUGCACGUCAUGUCCAAAACGGGCGACGGCGACGGCGGCCCCUACGACCAUCUAUCGUCGAGCCAAGGUAGAUCCCUUGGAAUUGUGCGCACCGUCGAGCUGGAGACCUUUGUCGAGCAAAAGAAAGACACGGUUCGGCGGCCUCAUACGGGGGGCCGUAUCUCGGACGAGCUGGCCUCGAUUGAUGGGCAUGGCUCGUCGAGUCGGUCGACUAGUAUCAGGGGCUUUGAGUCGGAAGGUGAAACGCCGUUUCGACAUGCGAAAAUGACUUUUGCCCUUCGAUCGAGCCUCAAGAUCAGGCCUGCCUGCUUCAAUGGCGCCCGCUCCUUCAGCGCUGCGUCCGUCCGCCGUGCAGCGCAGCCCUUCUUUGCCAACGAGCCCACGGCCCCUUCGGUGCAGACCGCGAUCCCGGGCCCCAAGAACACGGCCGCUGCCCAGGAGCUCGAUGAGGUCUUUGACGUGCGCAGCUUGAACUUGCUGGCUGACUAUUCCAAGUCGGUUGGAAACUAUCUUGUCGACCUCGACGGCAACGUGCUGCUCGACGUGUAUGCCCAGAUUGCGUCUAUCCCCGUGGGCUACAACAAUGCCCAUCUGGCUGCGGCGGUCAACACCCCGGAAAUGGUGCGCGCCCUGAUCGACCGCCCUGCGCUGGGAAACUUCCCUUCUGCAGACUGGUCCAGCAUUCUCAAGACCGGUCUUCUCCGGGCUGCGCCCAAGGGCCUCAACCAGGUGUUUACCGCGCUGGCCGGGUCUGAUGCGAACGAGACCGCCUACAAGGCCGCGUUCAUGUACCGUCGCCAGCAGGAACGUGGUGGUGCUGGCGUGGAGUUUUCCGAGGCCGAGACUUCGUCUGCCAUGCUGAACCAGAGCCCUGGAUCGCCUCACAUGUCCAUCAUGUCGUUCAAGUCGGCCUUCCACGGCCGUCUCUUUGGCAGCUUGUCGACCACUCGCAGCAAACCCAUCCACAAACUCGAUAUCCCGGCCUUUGACUGGCCCCAAGCGCCCUUCCCGGCCCUCAAAUACCCGCUGGAAGAACACGUCCAAGAAAACGCAGCAGAAGAGAAACGCUGCCUUGCAGAAACCGAACGCAUCAUCAAGGAAUUCCACAACCCCGUCGCCGCCGUGGUCGUCGAGCCCAUUCAGUCCGAAGGUGGCGACAACCACGCCUCCCCGGCCUUCUUCCAGGGCCUGCGCGACAUCACUGCGCGCAACAAUGUGCUUUUCAUUGUCGACGAAGUGCAAACAGGUGUUGGCGCCACGGGCAAAUUCUGGGCCCACGACCACUGGAACCUGCAAUCUCCUCCGGACCUGGUUACCUUCUCCAAAAAGGCUCAAACCGCUGGUUACUACUACGGCAACCCUGCCCUGCGACCCAACAAACCUUACCGCCAAUUCAACACCUGGAUGGGCGACCCAGCCCGCGCGAUCCUGUUCCGUGCCAUAUUGGAAGAAAUCGAGAGCAAGAACCUUGUUGAAAACACUGCGGCGACGGGUGACUACCUCUACAAGGGCCUUGAAAGCCUUGCCCAAAAGUACCCUCAAGCAAUCCAGAACCUGCGCGGCAAAGGCCAGGGAACUUUUAUUGCCUGGGACUCGCCUAACCGCGAUGCGUUCCUGGGCAAGGCCAAAUCUGUCGGUGUCAACAUUGGUGGAAGCGGUGCUAGCGCUGUUCGUCUACGACCGAUGUUGAUUUUCCAGAAGCACCACGCUGAUAUCCUUCUCGAGAAAAUCGAGACCCUGAUCAAAGCGUAA